AUGGACGAUGAAAAUGAUCGUAUUAUGCAGGAAUUUCGUGAUCGAUUCUACGCACUGAAGGCGGCGCUUGUGACUUUGCUACCACAUUUCCUACCCCCACCAACGCCACCAUCACAAAGAGGUCCCCAUUCGUCAAUUGCAGGAGAUGAUGUUUUCGGUGUGCACCCAACGCCGAUAUUUUCAAAAGUGAAGCUACCUGAAAUCCGUCUACCGUCGUUCAGUGGUAAGAUCUUCGAGUGGGUAACUUUUCGUGACACCUUUCAAAGCCUCAUUCACAACAAUCCUCAGUUAACCGACAUGGACCGUUUCACCUACUUGAGAUCAUCGUUAUCAGGAGACGCAUUGCAGGAGAUUAUUUCUGUGGGCUUGUCAGCCGUAAACUACAAUGUUGCAUGGGAAAUGUUAGCGAACCGUUAUGAAAACAAGAAGUUGAUUGUGAAGGCUCAUCUAGACGCACUGUUCGCUACAGAAGGGCUCAAGAGAGAGAGCUAUGAAAAACUCAACCGUCUCGUUAGUGAGUUUGAGAAAAACCUUCAGAUCCUGGACAAGAUUGGGCAAAACACCUCCGAGUGGAGCACCAUUCUCGCAUACAUGUUGUGUUCUAAACUCGAUUCCGCCACGUUGCGUCAGUGGGAAACUCAUCACAAUUCAAAAGAUGUACCCACGUAUACUGCUAUGCUCGGCUUCUUGCGCAAUCAUUGUGAUGUACUCCAGUCAGUGGCUCCUGCUAAAUCCAACUUCGUCGAUCAUCGUUCCUCGAAACCAGCUGUCUGUCACACAGUGGUGAAAACCUCAAACAGAUGCGCAUUCUGCAGUGAAUCGUGGCAUCCUGCUUUCCAGUGUUCUGCAUUUCAACGGAUGAACGUUCCAGAUCGUGUCGAGGCUGUCGCUAAACACAGACUGUGUCGAAACUGUCUGCGUCCAGGACAUUACGCAAAUUAUGCGAAAGAGGGGUCUGCCGUCAUUGUCAACGGAAGCACCAUUCCAUGCUGCAUGGACUAUCCAGAUCCUCCGUUCCACACUCGCCGCCGAAACCUCCGACACAAGACGAGCAAUCGUGACCGCCAAAGGCUAAGCAACACAAUUCGAACCAACACACACACCACCACCACUGAAAGCUCGCAGAGCACAAACAACACACCUCCAGCCACCAACACGCCCACCACAAGUCAAAAUUAUGUCGCACUCCCCAUCACACCUACACACAACAUACUUCUGUCUACCGCUCUCGUUACAAUCAAAGAUCGUUUUGGUAGAGCGACGCUGGCACGAGCUCUGCUAGACUCGUGUUCCCAGCACUGUCUAAUGACUGCCAGUUUUGCGAGCAAGCUCCAGUUCCGUGAGACUCCUACGUAUUUGUCGGUUCAAGGGAUUGGAUCAGCUCGAUCGGUUUCCACCAAAUUAGUUAGUGCAGAGGUCGGUCCUAGGUCUAGGAUCAUUUCGCCAUUCACUGAAGAGAUGCAGUUCCAUGUGCUGCCAAAGCUGACUGUGUUACUUCCGACGACGAGUUGCAAUCCGGCCGAGUGGGAUCUUCCGGAUUCGACGUUGAUAGCCGAUCCCAGUUUUCACGAGCCUGGUCCGGUCGAUUUGAUUAUCGGAGCUGAAUAUUACAUGGACUUGCUGAAAGAUGAACGACAAAAGGCUACACCAUCAGGACCGACUCUGCAGAAUACGGUGUUUGGGUGGAUAGUCUCGGGAAGAGUUCCCAACAGUACAAAUAGCGAGCCAUGUUCACUGGUUCACGUGUGCUCGACGGCGGAAAUCGAAGAGCAGCUCACCAGAUUUUGGGAAUUGGAGACCUGUCGAACCGCCAGCACCAAUUCCGUCGAAGAAACCACCUGCGAACAGUUUUUCAAGGAGACUACAGUAAGAGACGAGAAUGGCAGAUUUGUUGUGGCACUGCCAAAGAAGGAAUACGUUAUCAGCAAAUUGAGAGAUUCAAGGGCAACUGCUCUCAUGGGACUCGAACGACGAUUUGCAGCUAACCCAGACCUGAAGACGCUGUAUUCCCAGUUUAUACACGAAUACCAAACUCUCGGCCACAUGAAAGAGGUCAUCGAUGAUACCGCCGCAGGGAGGACAUUUUAUUUACCGCACCACGCUGUUCUAAAGCCGGACAGUACCACCACGAAACUCCGAGUAGUUUUCGAUGGCUCUUGUCGAACAUCUACAGGCAUUUCUUUGAACGACGGCUUGAUGGUCGGUCCCGUUGUUCAGGAUGACCUCCUCAGUAUCACGUUACGCUUCCGUAUCCACCGAUUUGCAAUAGUAGCCGACAUCGCCAAGAUGUACAGAAUGGUUCGAGUUCAGGCAACGAAUCAACCGCUACAACGGAUCUUGUGGAGAGAUUCUAUCGAAGAGCCAAUCCGUACUUUCGAAUCGACGACCGUUACGUACGGUACCGCGUCUGCGCCUUAUCUGGCCACAAAAUGCCUGCAAAGUUUAGCCGAGGAAGGAGAAGAAACGCAUCCAGAUGCUGCUAAGGUGCUCAAGCAGGACUUUUACGUGGACGACAUGCUCUCAGGUGUAGACGACGUGAAGGAUGGAAGGAAGUUGAUUCAACAACUGGUCGAGCUUUUACAGUCUGCAGGAUUUUCACUUCGCAAGUGGAAUUCCAACAGUAAGGAGCUCCUACAGAACGUGCCUGAGCAGUUGAGGGACGAUCGGUCGAUCCUAGAGUUAGACUCGUCUAGUUCAACCAUCAAAACGCUAGGACUUGUGUGGGAACCCAGUACCGACAGCUUUCGAUUCACUAUUCCAACCUGGAAUUCCGCAGCUGUAAUCACCAAACGAAUAGUGCUCUCAGACGUCUCCCGAAUGUUUGACCCAUUAGGCCUCGUGGGGCCUGUUAUUAUUCAAGCAAAAAUAUUCAUCCAAGAGUUAUGGAAACAAGAGUGUUCUUGGGAUGAACCUCUCCUGCCAGAGCUACAGGAAUACUGGCAAGAGUAUCGGAGAAACCUUGCUGGUUUGGAUAGCCUAUCUGUUUCUCGGUGGGUUGGAAUAUCUAGCAACAUUGUAGCAGAGGAGCUACAUGGGUUUUGUGACGCCUCUGAAGCAGCUUACGGAGCCUGUAUUUAUAUUAGGACAGUUACAGAGACUGGAUCUGUAUCAGUGCGACUGUUGACAUCCAAAUCGCGGGUUGCUCCACUUGAAAACCUGAAGAAGAAAAAGAAAAGGCAGUCCAUACCUCGCUUGGAAUUGUCGUCAGCACUGUUGCUCGCUCACUUGUACGAAAAGGUCGUACAAAGUCUCCGCAUCUCCGUUAGAUCAUUCUUUUGGACGGAUUCGAUGAUCGUUAAGUGCUGGCUUUCGUCAUCGCCAUCAAGAUGGAAGCAAUUCGUCACUAAUCGAGUCUCCGAGAUCCAGCAUAUCACGAAGGAAGGUACCUGGAAUCACGUCGCAGCUGUAGAAAAUCCAGCAGACUUAGUCUCGCGUGGGAUGAUCCCAGCACAGCUUCAGUACCAAUAUGGUUGGUUUGACGGACCUCGCUGGUUGAUAUUGGAAGAAGCCUAUCGCCCUCAGCCCCGCCAGAUUAGAGAAGAAGACAUUGCAUCAGCUGACUUGGAGGAGAAAACCACCACGUUAGUCCUUCAGGCAAGCACUCCCAGUGAGAUCUUCAACCUACGAUCGUCAUUGUUGGAGUUAGUUCGCAUUACGGCUUAUAUUCGCCGUUUCCGAUUCAACGCACAAGCUGUCAACCGCAACUGUAGAAGGUAUGGGCGGAUCACAUCGUCUGAGCUCGACGAUGCACUGCGAGCAUUGGUUCGGCUUGCGCAAGAAGAAAGCUUUCCACAAGAACUUGCUGAUUUGUCCAAGCAAACCCACGUGAGGGACUCAUCGCGCAUUGUGUCUCUAAAGCCGAUUCUCAAUGAAGGCAUGAUGUGUGUUGGCGGCCGGUUACGACAUGCAUCAGUUUCACCGAAUCGCAAGCAUCCGUACAUUCUCGACCCACAUCACCCGCUGACGAAAAUCGUAGUUACUCACUACCAUCGGAAACUAUUUCAUGCGGGACAGCAGCUGUUAAUUUCGGCAAUGCGAGAGCGAUUCUGGCCAGUGUACUCCAGGAACUUGUUGCGACAGGUAAUCCACGAGUGCGUCGCUUGUUUUCGAGUUCGACCAAAGGUUCAGGACCAGAUUAUGGCCGAUCUCCCGGCUGAAAGAAUUGUCAACAUAGCAGCAGCCGAACCAGUACUAGCGACCAGCAGUCACACGAUCAACAGCCAGACACAACAUCAGCUGUUUAUCUGUGUCAAGGUCAUCCAGGAAGCAGAAUAG